GUCAAGAAAGACAAAUGCACAGAGAAUAUUUUCAUCCAAAAUGUUGGAGUUUUUCAAUUUAGUUUCUGUGCUUUUCUUUUCUUUUGCUCUAUCUGUAUCUACGUCAGUGUCUGUGUUCACAUAACAAACAGUAACAGCUAGCCUCCUCUGGACCUUUGUCUGCAUUUUAUGACUGUUUCUCCUCUUUGAAUGUCUUACAGCAGCCGGACUGUUUGUGUCUUUGUGGUAGGAACGAAACCCCACACACUACACCACGGUUGACCUUGAGAGUACAAAAAUGUUCACUCAGUAGCACUUCACUUCGUCUGUACCAAGCACCGGAGGAAAGAUUUUUACUGGGUUGUUAACAAGUAUCUCUUUACGCACAGUGAGGUCUAUAAACCAGGUUGUCUCCCCGAGUGGGACCCAGUCUUGAUGUGUGAGUGUGUUAGUGAUGAGGACCACUGCCGCCCUGCUCUCCCUCUGGUUUUGGGUAAACUCUGGCAUCAAUGCGGCUCAAAAAGGUCCAAAGUGUGGGAUUCCUCAGGUGUGGAGCCCAAUGGUUCACUCUCUGAGGGUGGUCGGAGGGGCCGAGUCCACAUACGGAUCACAUCCAUGGCUAGUUUCCUUGCAGAACAGGGGCUCUCAUUUCUGUGGAGGGGCCAUCCUGACUGACCGCUGGAUAAUGACCGCUGCACACUGCUUUGCAUCACUCUCAAAAGAGUUUCUCAGUGGUGUGAGAGUGGUGGUGGGAGACUUCGACCAGAGGGUAGAUGAUGAAGAGGAGCAGGUCUUUUUCAUUAAGUCCGUCUCAGUCCAUGAGAAGUACCAUCAUGCGUUGCCUAUGAGCUAUGACAUAGCUCUGGUGGAGUUGGAUAAACGCAUUCGAUUGGGAGCCCGUGUCCACCCCAUAUGUCUGCCUUUGCCUGAUGAGAGCAUCCCACCUGAAACCAGCUGCAUUCUGGGUGGAUGGGGCAGAGUGAAGGAAAAGGGUCGUCUUCCUCCAGUGCUGAGAGAGGUCCAGUUACACUUGGUGGACCCAGCCAGAUGUAAAUUUGUCCUCCAGACCGUCAAAAGUUCAAUUGUUAAACAGAGACCAGACAGGCCUCAGCCAGCCAUGACAGUUCUGUGUGCCGGGCCAGAGAGAGGAGGGAGAGAUGCCUGCCAGGGUGACUCAGGGGGUCCUCUGGUAUGUCCAGCAGGGUCAGGCGGCGGUCACUGGGUAGUGCUGGGUGUAACUUCCUGGGGCAAGGGAUGUGGUCGGAGCUGGGAAAAUAACAGCAGCCGUGCCCCUUCCAGAAGAGGAUCUCCAGGAGUUUACACUGAUGUCAGGCUGCUGCUGCCCUGGAUUAAACAUAAACUGAAAGAAGCUGAUGAGCAGCAGCAGGGGAUGACUUCAUCAAAACUCUGCAGCGUGAGAGAUGGACCUGUAUCUGACAGUGAGGGGGUAACCAGAAACCCCACCCGCCCUGGUGAUCACUAUGACAACAACCAGUUGUGUGUGUGGGGUAUCAGUGUUCCUCCAGGUUUUAGUAUUCUGCUGGAGUUUGAUCAUUUUGAUCUGGAGAAUGACUCUCACUGCCGCUACGAUCGGCUCACCGUGUCAGUCGGGACACACAGGCCUGUUGGGAUUUUCUGUGGAAGUGUCCCUCCUGGUCCACUACUCCUGAAUAAUUCCCAGAAUGCAACACUUCUCUUUUCCUCUGACAUUAACCGAGCAGGAAGCGGCUUUGUUAUUAGGCAUCGUGCUGUCCAGGGACGCUUUGAUCCUGGAUGUGGGACUGUUGUUCUAGUUGAGAAUCAGACUACUGUCCACAGCCCAAAUUACCCACAGUUCUACAGUAAUGACUGCGUCCUCCGCUGGGUUAUUUACGCUCCACGGGGUCAUGUUGUGAAGCUCGACUUUGCUGACUUUGACCUGGAAGAGUCAGACUUUUGCUUCUUUGAUUCUCUCACUGUCCUGGGAGAUGUGGAAGGAACAGAGGAGAUCGUGGUGCUGUGUGGUGGCAGUGUUCCCCCUCCUGUGCUGUCCUACGACAGCGUCAUGGUGCUUCAGUUCAAGUCAGACAGCAGCAUCACACACAGGGGCUUCAGUGCUACACUUGAUUUCAUCAGCCAUACAGACCUCCAUCAUCAGGACACAACCGGUGCAGAGAGUCGAAGAGACGGCCUGAGAGAUAAAAGAGACGGUUCGAGAUUAUAUGCACGUUUCAGGUCAUGACUGACAGCUGAGGCCUGCUCGUGAGUCGGCCCUGUGUAUCGGUGGGACCUCCAUACUGUGCUGCACACACCGGUUGCUACUGCGCAGAUUCUGGCUCCAAAUGACAUCACCAGCACAAGAUGGAAGCGACCAUAUCUGUGGUAGCUUCAUCAGGGAAGUGGAGACGCAACGUUUAUCUUUUAUAUGCCGGCGGUCGUGCUGUUUAGCAUCAACACUAGGUAUAGGCCAGAAAUGCCACGUCUGUGUAAAAUAGGCUAUUAUAUGACUGCAGUGUAUACAGGCAAAACUUCAUUCAUAAGAAUGUGUGUCAUUACAAAUUCAGUGAGUAGGCUAUUAAGCCACACAAGAUCAUGAAAAGUGAAUCUUUACAUUUUUCUUAAAAUCUAUUUGAGAUUUUUUCUUGAUUAGCAUAACAAGAUGUAAUUUCCCUCCUAACCCAUCUACAAUGCAUACAGUGCUUGUGUUUGUUCAUAGUAAAAUCAUUUUAUAAUCUACUUAAAGAAUAUAAUAACAAUGCUGCCCCGGGUCAAAGAAACUCAAUAGUUAGUUGUUGUCAGAGUGCCAGUGAACACAGCACACACUGGACAUCCAUCAGGCAGAAAUGAAUAUCACAUGAUACAGCAACAUGCCCAGUGUUUUGCCCACACAGUUUGUGUUUCCAUCAAACAAGGCAUUGUUUCACUCUGCUCCGCUAUAUCCAGAUAUUCAACUCUUGAGGAUUCAGCUUCACUGGCAAAUAAUUCAUUUCUCAAGUUACUGUAGAUGAAGUUAACCAAAGGACAACCAAUGGGUGAUUAGUCAUUCUAUUGUUUUAGUCAAAUACUUGUUAGACAUCUGAAGAGAAAUAAUUACAGAAUAGACUUUUUUUGCUUUCCUAUUUUAGCAAUCAUUAAACAACCACACAAAUUUAUGUUGCAACCCCUUGAGGGGGUCCCAACUCCCAGUUUGGGAGCCACUGCCCUUCAUUAUAUAUGAAUGUCAUAACCACACCCUGUACUUAAUUAUGAAAGAAGAAGUCAUUCAUUACAUGCUUGUAGUUUUUAAUGUAUUGUACAUUAUUGUCUUGGAAAUUGCCGCUAAGUCAGGAUUGCAGAGGACACAUUAGUCCUCCAAACGUCCACAACACGAACAAGAAGGGGACUUUUAGGUUGUUUGUGGUAUAAACAUUCAUUUCAUAUGCCAGAGGAAGUGACCUUCCAUCUCUCAUAACAACUCUUAAAGUUGAUGUCAGUAGGAAACUACAUAAAAGGGAACUGCUGUUUGUAGAUACAGGGCUCCCUCUAGUGGCAGUUUAUAGGAAUUGAAGUGAAACAAGUGUUUGAACAAAUUCAAAGUCACGUUAAUAAAUAGUUUUAAAUCUGAAUUUAAUUGAAUUUGUGAACAAGAACAAAAAACACAAUAUUUAGACUUAUUGGGUAAGUCUAAAUAUUGUGUUUUUUAUUUUACUUGCCCUUUAAAGGUCCAGUGUGUAACAUUUAGGAGGAUCUAUUGGCAGAAAUGGAGUUUCACAGCCACCAUAGUUUCUCCAUACACACUUCACAGCCCGUUCUUAUUCCCAGGUCAUCAAAUACACAAGCAGGUUUUCAGUUGGUUGCAAUUCUCAAACUAAUGGCUGCAUUCCAUUUUGUUAAACUCUGUUAUUGUGCAUGCUCACUCACUGACCUUGUUUACUGGCACACAUAAUCGUUAAUGUUAUUAUUUACACCUGUGCUUUUCCUGCAUUUACAAGUCCAAAUGUCUGCUCUGAAAAGUGUCCUGCACAUGGCGCAUGAAAUGGGAUGCAGCCAUUGUUAAUGUUAUUAAUUCGGACUGUGUUUACACUCAUUUUACAAGUCAAAAUAUCUGCUACAAAAUAGGCCUGUUGCUUUCUCUAGUUUUUCAACUUUGGUUUCUACAGGAGAGUAAAAAGCAACAUCCUUUUGCUUUUUUUUUUUUUCAGUGCCUUGCUCAAGAGCACUUUUAUAGUAGCUGUAAGAGAAGAGAGUGGUACUGAUGAACUUGUUGGUUGUUUUCUUGACAAAAGGAAAGUUCUUUUCUCUCCCUUAUGGUAAUAGAUGUAUCGCAAAUGAGCUCAACUGGGUGAAUUGCUAUACUGCAAUAUUGAUUUCAUUUAAAAAGCUCAGGAAAUGUAGACAGUGCAGGCAAAUAGCAAUCUUGUUCUUAAUCAUAACAGUCUUGCCUGCAAACAUGAACUGAAAGUCACUUGAGGACAUGAAGGAAAUCAUUAACUAACAAUGAAUCGUGCACUCUUAGUUCAGAGAAAAGGUUGACACCACUUUAAAAUUACUACAAUGUCUUUACAAAAUAUGAUAUAAAGAUCGUUUAUAGUGCAAAAUAACUUACAUGUUAUAAGAGAGAUAAUGUACAGCAUGCCCUGUCUUUAUGCUUUGGUCACGCUUUAUCCUGUCCUUUUGUAACUCUACAUAAUUCUGCUUUUAGUGGACUUGGAUGUCGCAGACCCAGUUGUGCCGCAGUCCAGCAGCAGAGCCCUGACCCAACAAGGUGCUGUGGACCAUAAGAGCUCAGAGGAUCC